CUGACGCGCUUCACCCAACACAAUCGGACGCCACCGUCGCCGGCUCGCAGGCAACAUGUCAAAACUACUACUUUUAGUACUCACCGCUGUUUACGCGGAAGCCUGCUAUUGGAACGCCCCGUGCCCUUAUCAGCUGUUUGGAUCCAAAACACCAUAUGACACGGUUCGAGGUGAUAUCAGGGACUACGCGACUCCAGCAAAUUGCCAAGCAGUAUCAAUAUGGACGCUGAACCGCCAUGGCAACAGGAACCCUGGCACCAGUGUGACCCUGGGCAUGAAGGAGGUCGUAAGCCUCAAAGACGAGAUCAUCGCCAGCUUUGAAGCUGGUAACAGUCAGCUAUGUGCACAGGACAUUGAAGACUUCAAAAAAUGGAGCUGGAACAACACUCUGGACACAACCACCUCGUACCUCACGGGAGUUGGUUACGAGGAGUUGUACGACAUCGGCAAGAGGAUCAGGCAGAAGUACUCUCACCUGAUGACUGGAGCCGCUGAUCGUUUCCACUUCAGACCUACCAACGAGCAGAGGACCAUUACCAGCUGUGCUGCCUUCGUCCACGGCCUUACUGAUGGCAUCGGUCUGAAUGUCACCGUGGAAGCUGUCAAAUCUAGGGAUGAUGUUAUUAGACCGUACGAGAACUGCAAUCGCUAUCAGCAAGAAGUGAAAGGUGGACCAACUCUCACUUAUCAACUGGAUUCAUAUUUUACAUCACCCAAAUAUGUUGCUAUCCAAAACGCAGUCCAGUACCGUCUCGGCCUGACCUCGAAGCUGAACUCCUCAGACCUGUUCUCCAUCUACGAACUGUGCCGGUUUUACCGCUCUUGGGGUGCCACCCUGAAGUCUCCGUGGUGCUCAGUCUUCACUGAUGAAGAUCUGGUCGUCAUGGAGUACUAUGAUGACGUCAGGCAUUAUUAUAGGAACGGAUAUGGGUCUUGGGUCAAUGAGAACCUCGGUCGUCUACCACUGAAGGAUCUAUACGACACCUUCUUGAGUACUGUCGAGGGUGGUGGAAGGAAGGUCACCGGUUACUUCACCCACGACACGAUGAUGGAGAUGGUGUUCUGUGCCCUGGGACUGUACAAGGACGAUCCUCCACUACAGGCCCUGUUGAUGGACGGCGAGAGAUCCUGGAGGACCAGCUACAUUGGAGCCUUCUCCGUCAAUUUGGUUGCUGUGUUGAACAGCUGCACAAAUAGCAAUAUCAACCCGGAGUACCGAGUCCAAAUCUUCGUCAAUGAGAAGGAGACGCCGAUCUGUCCCCUGAGUGGGUGCACCUGGGCCGACUUCCAGGACAAAUUCAAGCACUACUCGCAAGCCAACCUGGAUUUCUGCAGCUUAACCUAUGUACCUGAACAAGAGAAUGAGGCCUCACCUAACAGUGCCGCGCCUACAAAAGGAUUCUGGAAUUAUUGGUAACUCAGUGAACCAGACGAUGUGGAUUACGGUGUGAAAGUGCGACAUAAUAAAGACAAAGACUUUCUGUAACUGUGAAUAAUUUGUGACCAAUUCCUGUUCGUAAUUGAUUGGCUACUAUCUUCAAAACAUUUUUCUAAUAAUACAGUGUAAACAAAAGUACCUCUUGCAUUAAAAAAUGUUUUCUAUUGGUUGUGUAAAUCAAGGAAAAUUAUUUUGUAGAAGACAGCAUACCAACAAAGAUAGCAGAUAUCAGUAAAAAUGUGUAUUUUCUUUUAAAUACUGAUUGCACAUUGCAAUUAUUAUCAUUCUGAUCAUUUUUUACAUUAUUUUCCUUUAUUAGAAUUAUGCAAUUAUGCAUAGCGUAAAUAUUUAUUGGUAGAAAGCAUUGUCACCUUGAAAUUGUUUCUGUAUAUCAGUCUAACGAAUUUAAUAAUAAUUUAGUUAGCAUGUAGCGAGUGGUGUAAGAUGAUCUCAACGAUCUGUUUGUUCUACAUACAACAGUAAAUAUUGUUUGUUAGGCUCAGAGUUCUGAGAAAUGUUGACGAAGCCCAGUUCCUCGACUUGUGUAAAUAGAUUUUACAUGAUUUUGUAUUAAGAUUACAAACGUUAUUUAUAUUGUGAAAUAAAUAUAUAAGGUUUACUGUC